UGUCUAAUUAGCACUCGACGCAUAUCUUUUGUGUUUCAUUAUUUUUUUUUUAUUUUAUAUGAUUUAAUUUUUAUUUAAAAACAAUGUUACUAAAGAAAGUAUUAAAAGCAGCUAAACCGUGUAUGGUAAAAAAAAGUGCUUAUCACGAAACCAGAGAUAACUUAAAGAUUCAUGCAAAAACAAAAGUAAUUUGUCAAGGAUUUACUGGAAAACAAGCCACCAUUCAAUGCACAGCGGCAUUACAAGCAGGUACAAGAAUUGUUGGAGGAGUAACGCCGGGUAAAGGAGGUAGAAGUCAUUUAAACCUUCCCGUUUUUAACACCGUCAAAGAAGCAAAAGCUAAAUUAAACCCAGACGCAAGCAUUGUUUAUGUAUCCCCUAAAGUUUGUGCUUCAGCUAUUAAGGAAGCUAUAGAUGCUGAAAUUCCUUUAGUUGUUGUUAUAACAGAAGGAAUCCCCGUGCAUGAUAUGUUAGAAGUAAAACAUCAUUUGUUAAAACAAAACAAAACUAGACUUCUUGGUCCAAAUUGUCCUGGAAUGAUAGCACCCGGUGCUUGUACGAUAGGAUUAAUGCAAAUGUGUGAUAAUGGCCCAAUCGGUAUUGUUUCAAAAUCGGGAACUUUAACUUACGAAGCGGCGUAUCAAGCGAAAGAAUGUGGUUUGGGAAAAUCUUAUUGUAUCGGGAUAGGUGGUGAUCCUUUUAAUGGAACAGAUUUCGUAGAUGUUUUAGAUGUUUAUUUAAGAGAUGAGGAAACGAAAGGAAUCAUUUUGAUUGGUGAAAUUGGGGGUGUCGCUGAGGAGAGAGCUGCUGAAUUUUUAAAAUUGAAAAAACCACACAAACCGGUUGUUAGUUUUAUUGCAGGAGCUUCAGCUCCACCUGGUAGAAGGAUGGGCCAUGCUGGAGCUAUUAUUGAAGGAGGAAUGGGUACUGCUGAUGGAAAAAUAAAAGCUUUGAAAGAUGCUGGGUGUGUUGUAGUAAAAUCUCCCGCUAAAAUCGGUAUUUGCUUGAAACAAGUAAUGAGAGGAUGUGGUUGUUGAUGUAAAUUAAUUUAUUUAUGCGAUAAAAACUUUUAAUAAUUUA